UCAAAGUGGGGGAAGGUAAUACGUAUCCCUGUAUAAUUCUGGGGGCAUUUGUCCCAGGUUAGGUGGUCAGUGGGGAGAGGGAGGAGACCUCAGCUGGAUCAACACCUCCGUGAAGGGCGAUUCUGCACAUCAGCUCACAAACUGCAGGGAUCAGGUGGUGGUGAAAGAGCUUGCUAUGCAGGAAGAGGCUGGUUUUUUUCUGUGUGUGGUUUUGUUUUUUCCUUUUUUUUAAUUAUUUUUAAAUUCUUCUGUUGCCUCUUUUUAAGGUAUGAAGAAGCUGUUACUUCACAUCUCCAGCCAUCAAAGAGGGAGAUAUGGUAACCACAGGAAAAUGGUCCUGGUGUUUCUAAGACGCGAAAGACACCUUUGCAGAAGAUGCUGUUAAACGUAUACAGGGGAAGAAAUAGCUACAUCACAAGGGGUCUGUGUCAGAACUGGCAUGUGUAGUAUUGUUUGUCUUUUAUCUUUUUGAUGUCUCGUACCUGAAUUUUGUCACAGGUGAAGAUUUAUUGGGGUUUCUGUCUCUUUGGAUUGUGAAGGUAAUUACAGCAUAUAUCUGAAUUAUAAAUAGAGCUUUCGGUGCAGUUGUAAUUACACCUUCUGUAACAAAACUGUUACUCUUGUUGCUUUUUUUCCUUUCCCUUGAAUUUGCUUUUAGAGAGACUCUUAUUAACUUUUUGUUUACCUAUGACUAAGGGUUUUCCUAUAGAUCGGGAGUCAAAGGUCUGCUGUUACUGGCAAUAAAGGGCUGCGUGCUGUCACUGCUGCCGCUUGUUUUCCCUUCGUCAUGCCUGUGUGCUUCCCUCUGACUACACAGAACAGUUUUGUCAUAUGAGAAGUGUUUUUCUGGGUUCCUGAUCCUGCUUUUUCCCACUUGUGUGAACACCCUCCCUUCUGUCACGGUCCCUGAAGGGAGUGACCAACCUCACUUGAGCAUGCAUGGGACUGCUGGCCACAUGAGCAAGAAACAGGAUCGCGCUCCAGUCCGGGCAGCUGCCACAAAUGACUACGUACCCUGCUGUGCUACAUCUUUACUUAAGUCCUUGAUAGUUUUGCCACUGAGUUUUGAAGGCAUUCAGGUUUGGUUUUAGGAUGCGGGUUAAGUUCAGAAGCACUUCCUGUCCAUGCCUUCGUUUCUGUUUAUCUGUAGAGCUAACAUACUGAAGCUCAGGAUGUUGACAGCCGAGGUCUUGUUUCAUCAAGACGCCACCUUGGAUUCGAGCACAACCUGUUGCACAAUGGACUUGAGCUUCCUAAAGUGGCUGUGGUGCACACCCCAUCCUCAUGAGAUGGCUCGGAGCAACAGGGGACGUGCUCUCCUGGAAAACUGUACAGCAGCGGUGAUGGUGCGUCUUCAGGAGCAGGGCCUGGCUGCGUCGCUCAUGCAGAAGAGGAUUAUGAAGAAAUUGAGCAGGUGCUGGCAUACAGUGGGUUGGCACAAUAACGUCAAUUCUUAGCGUAAUUUCCCUCCAGUCCUGAUGCUGCUACUUGGUUUAUAUUGCUGCAAAGUAUUUGUUAACGGGUUUUCCUUGCAGUGCUUUGCUCUGUCCUGGUCGGACAAACACCCCUAGCCCAGGGAAUGGAGAAGGAAGCAGGAUGGCUAAUUCCAUCAUCAGAAACCUCACCUUUCAGCUGCGCCCGCCUCACAGCAUAGCACUUUCAGGGAAAGUGAGGAUGAACUGAUUGCCACACCGAUGGCACAAGCUAGUCUAAACGGUGACACAGGGGACCUGAAGCCCACUUUGGAGGAGUGGUAAGGCUCUAAAAGGAGCACUGGCAACAGCAGGUGUGCAAAAAUAACAAAAAUCACCUUUUGAGCCGUGCUGGAGGUGUUUUAAGUCCCUUAAUAUUCUCAGACUUCUCAGGUGACAUGCUCACGGUGUUAGUUAAGGCAGAGGAGAGGAUGCUAGGAGCAACCUAUACCCAUACAGCACUUCUGAGCACAUGGACGUUUUAAUGCUAAGUGCUCUUAUCCUCCUACACCAGGAUUUCCCUUCCAGGCUUUCUUCCUCACCCCGAACUCCCCAGGUGCAGCACUGUGACCCGCUUUGCUCCUUGGCCUCUUUGCUGACUUAAAAGCACCGGAGCUGCCGCAGGAGCUGGGCAGAAAGGCCACCGAGCACAGCGUCCUGCAUCCAGUGCAGAUGUGAUGGAGGCUGCAAGCAUUCCAGGUCUGUAUCAAUGCAAGUAAGGCACUUAGGAAACAAACCCUGACACGGUAUUGAGGUGACUGUGGGGCCAUGAAGAUCUUUGCAAACUGAUUCGUGGAGAAACGAGGCAAGCUCUGAAAGUCUCCUGAGAGACGGGAGCUAAAAAAAAAAAAAAAAAAAAAAAAAAAAAAAGAGAGAGAGAAUAUUCCUGCCAGCCUCAUCCACGGUCUGUGACCGAGCACGCCAAGCGCCGCUCUCUGCACAGGGCUGAUUAAAUCCUCGCAGCUCAGUAACUGCUGGCACAGAAAGGGAAAAACACGGGAAGGGGGGAGCGAGCAAAAGCACGCUCAGAGCUUCCCCACGUACUUCCCAGCCUCCAGCGGGCCCUCCCACUCACAAACCCUGCCAGGCCUUGGCUCCCUUUCUGCAGCUUUUCUGAGCAUGCACGGCUGCUGGCGCAUGUGCAGCCCAGGCAGCGGCUGCAGAGGGUGACGGGGCCCAGCUCCUCCCCGGGUGUUUGUAGGGUCAGGCUGCGGGACGAGCGCGAUGGAGCAGCUGGGGAAGCGGUCGGGGCCGGCGGCUCGGCUGGACACCAUCCUCCGGCACCUCUCGCCCCGGCUGGGGACAGCCCCUGCUCUUACAAGCGUUCCUACUUCAGCACACGUUACUGCUGCUCCUCAGCCAGGGAGGUUUCGCUAUACCCUGGACAACAACAUCCUCACCCCAGAGCAAAGGCAGUUCUAUGAAGAUAACGGUUAUCUGCUCAUUAAGAAGCUCGUAUCUGAUGAAGACAUUGAGCGCUUCAGGAAGGAGUUCAUAAGGAUCUGUAAGAAGGAGGUGAGCCUCCCGGGAGCUAUGAUUAUGAAAAACGAGGCCCUGAAAUCCGAGUAUGGCCAGUCUGAAAGUGUAGUUAAUAAAGUGCAGGACUUCCAGGAAGAUGAGGAGCUCUUCAGAUACUGCACCCUGCCCCAGGUCCUCAAAUACGUUGAGUGCUUCACAGGGCCAAACAUAAUGGCAAUGCACACCAUGCUGAUAAACAAACUUCCAGAUUCUGAUAAGCAGACUUUUCUCCACCCCAUGCAUCAGGACCUGCACUAUUUCCCGUUCCGGCCGGCGGACCGCAUCGUGUGCUCCUGGACCGCCAUGGAGAGGGCUGACGAGACCAACGGGUGCCUGGUCGUGCAGCCAGGCACGCACAAGGAGCCCCUGAAGCCUCACGCCUACACGCAGUGUGAGGGUAAGACAAACAAGCUUUUCCAUGGGAUUAUUGAUUACGACGAGAAGGGUCCCAAGGUUCACCUUGUCAUGGAGAAGGGAGACACGGUGUUCUUCCAUCCGCUGCUCAUUCACGGCUCUGGGAUAAACAGGACGUCAGGUUUCCGAAAGAGUAUAAGCUGCCACUUUGCCAGCUCGGAGGGCUACUACAUCGAUGUCAAGAACACGAUCCAAGAAGACCUGGAGAAAGAACUGCAAGAAAUGGUACAAAAGAAAUACAGCUUGCCUUCAGUGAAACUCAGGGAUAUCUGGAACUUCCGAGCACGGCUUGUGCAAGGGGAAAGGAUUAAUCUGUAGAAGAACAUCUGAGGACCAGGAUGGAAAACAUCUGUCCGAGUCUGAGCGCCUCUGAUGGGAGAGAGCAGCAGAGUUGUGUGUGCCUUGGUGACCCGCGUAUUGGUAACUCAGCCAAAUGCUGCACCGCAAAACCUUUUUAUGCUAACACUAAAUAAUCGCACUGAGGUUGAACAGCUGAUGUACGUCAAAGAAAAUCUAACCUAGGAAAACAGAGAUUUGCUGUGGUUAUUUUAGCCAAUCAAAGAAUGAUGGUCUUUAAAGAGCACCUUGAUUUUUUGAUGUUUUCUCUCUUCGGUUUUUAAAAGUUUCUCCUGCGACGUACCUCUGAGCUGACGCUAUAUUAAUAAUAAGAUUUUUAUGCAAGGGUACGUUGUUUUAAAGUGCCUGACUUCUUUUUUCUAUGCAAAGUAAGCACACGGAAUCAGUUUCAUACAGGCCCUCAGUAUGUGCUUACGUGGGAAGUCAUUAGAACAGCUGAUGAAGGUGGAGAUGGUGACACCAGCAGAAGGGAGCUGUGCAAGGAACUGGGCAAAGGGAAAGCAGCAGCCACUUGCAUAGGGAAACGGAAUUCACGGGCUGGAACGUGAUCACUGGUGGAGUUCUCCCGACGUGGCCUGGUGUGGUCUGAUAGCUAGCUGAGCAGCACUGGCACAAGAUAAAUGUGUGGUUAAUAGGGUUGGGAACGGCUGGGCUGGCCAAACAGCCUCCUGGCGGCCUUGCACAAUGAUUUGGGGCUGUGUGAAAUGAGGGAGUCCUCCUCCGAGUCUGGCAGGUCUGGAAAAGGUGCCUGUUGGUGUUGGCUGGUCGGGAGGUGGUUGGGCAAUCCUCAAGAUGCACUGGGUGGACUGACGUGCACUGACACGACCCUCUCACCUUUCACUCUGUUUUUCCUUGACUUCUGAAAGACUCUUUUGCUUUCAGACUCUAUUGUUUUGGAAAUACUUAUUAAAUUAGAGCACAACUA